AUGGUGCUUCUCAAACUCAAGGCGAACCCCCAAGUGGUGGAGGUGACCUGUGCGAGCGAUGAUGUUUCGAUACCCGACAACGUCGAGCUUGUGUUGCCCAUCUACGAAGAGGCCAUGGUGCAGCUUCACAAACUUGUCGAGUCGAACGAGCAGAUGGCGGAGUAUGACCCGCACAAGAAGGACCAAGACGUCCAACUGGCGAUUGCGGAGAACCGCCUAGCUGUAAUUCGGCGAGAGAACCUGAUGGAGCGUUGCAUGAAUAAACUACAGCAGCUGGACCCCGACCUGUGGGGUUUGCUAAAGGCAGACCCGGCAGCAGCAACAAAAGCUGCAGCGGCGACGGGAGCAGAAGUAGAGGAGGAAACGGAGAAGGAGAGCGUAAACUACUUCGAGGAAAGCGUGGGGGAAGAGAGAGCAGAGAGUUGA